AGAGAGAGUCAGGCAUUUGCCUGCUGGCCUGCCACAUCGAGAGAACUUCAUCAAACUCCACACUCCAUCAUCUGAUACCCCCACACUUGGUACAGGAACCUAAUCUUGACAACAUUGUUGAUCAGCUGUGCACACGACUUCAGGACAUCAAAGAUCAAGAAAGUUCGUCACGAGUAGGCAUGCCCACGUGUUCCGUAGAAGAAACAGAAGCUGUUCGUCGAUAUUACGCUGCGUUUCCGGCUUUAAAGAAAGGUCGAGAGUCGCCAUUACCAUAUUAUCUCCCACCGCCGGCGUGGUGUCGUAAGUCAGCGCCAGAUUCCAAUACCAAAAUGCAAAGCGAAUUAUCAGUAGCUAAAGAUUGGAAUACUAAAAACAAGAAACUAACCUCGGGCAAGGAGCGUCGCAACUCAUACCACGGUCAAAAGAAGAAUAACAAGAAGCGUUGCAACAGUUACAGUAGAUCCUUCGACAGUAAAGAGAUUCUACCAGAGUGGGUAACUCAUGAAGGCGUCUGGGAUAUGGAAACACAGGAUCCGGUGAAAGAGUUUAUCAGAGCCAUAGCAUUGGACGAGGGUUACGGUACGUGCGAAAACACUGUUACAGACGAGAUCAAAGAAAUUUCUCAAGGCAAAAUUAGAAUGAACGAAAACAUGGUGCCUGAAUGGGACGACAGCCUCGACUUUGACGCCGAGUGGGUCAUCACCGAGGACCUGAACCCGCGUGUCCGUACGCCCAUGGAGGAGGAACUUUAUGCCAAGUUUGAGGCUAAGUUCGAUCGCAGCAUUGAAGCUCUGUGGUCUAAGGAUCAGAACACUCCUGAUGAUGAGUACCAGGACCUUCCGAUAGACUUCCAAGACUUGCUGUCAUCGCCCUCUGACCGCCUGUUCGCUGAUCCGUCCGCCGAGAAAUGCAGUCUCAUAUCUCUCACUGAGAGCAUUUGGUCUACCGAAGCUGCGGAUUUCCCGCCUCCGCUCGACCGCGGGGAUUCACCCUCGCGUAUAGCUGACGCUCUGCACGACCGCUUCCGGCCACUUAACCUGACCGACGUCGUCGAGCCUGAGCCACGCGAGCUCGAGUCGUUCGCUUUGUACGAAGGCGACGAGAUCUACGAUGCAUUGAGCACAGUUGCCAACACGAUGCGCUCUUUCACUGCGAUCAAUCAUAGCCGUGAUCGCAGCGGCUUCGUCGAGGUGCCGCCGCGCCGCAACCGAGCGCUCGGCCUCCGCCAGCACAGCGUGGUCCGCGAGCCUCCACCACGCCCGCCGUCCCGUCCACGGGAGGAUCUGCUCACAUCUGCGCGCACUCAUUUUCGCCCCAUCCGCCGCGAGAACGAUGCCGAGCCACCGCGCUACGCCGACGGUGACACCUUUGAUAUCUGUGGUGAUCCAGACACCGUCGACUUCCGUCGCAGCGAGUCUGGCGGCUUAUAUCUCGGCACCGGGGAAGAACGCUAUCUAGAGUAUCGCGCUACACGCAGCAUCGAUUACGGCCGUCUCAAUCUCACGGCGGCUCAGCGCUGCCCCGACCUCGACGAGCCGGGGCUGCGACUGCGCUUCCCGUUGCGACAGAGCGACGCGGGCGUGCAGACCGACACGCCGGCCGACAGCGCGGCGGCCGCGGCCGCAGCCGCGUGGGCGGCGUGCGAGGAGUGCGGCCGCGCGGCCAAGAAGAUGCGCGCGGCGCACGCGCAGUACGCGGACGGGGGCGCGGGCGGCGGCGCGGGCUGCGAGGCGGCGGACGAGGCGCGCGCGGACCGCAAGCGGCGCCACUCGGCGGCGCUGCGCUGCGCGGCGCAGUGCACGCACCCGCACGCUCGCUUCCUGCCGUGCUGCACGCUGGCGCUCGACCGCCCGCUCACGCGCUAG